AUGUCGAUUACUAUUGAUGACGUGUCGACAUUACUUCACCUGCCUAUGAUGGGACAAAUGUGUGAUUUGGAGGAGUUGGAGUUUGAGGAGGCUCGUACAGCCCUUGUGCAACUGAUCGGCGUUGAUGGUGGCACGACAGGUGCUGAGAUGGAGGACGCACGUGGUCCGAAAGUCAGACUCAGCUGGCUUAGAGAGAUAUAUGUUCAAAGAUAUGCCUGGGGUGUUGCUGCACUCGCCUAUUUGUACGACCAGCUCGGGGAUGCGAGUCUUGCCUCCACGAAGCAGAUGGCUGGAUAUUUGACUCUAUUUCAGAGUUGGAUAUACGAGCAUUUCCCUGGCAUGGGGAGGAGGCGGUUGGUGACUUCUUACGAUGAUACCACACCACGUGCCAUGAGGUGGCAGAGCCCUAGGCAGAGUUCCACUCUCGCCGAGAUUCGGUCACAGUUGGAUGCGCUGACAUACAGUGGUGUUGUAUGA